GGAGAGGAGAGCGGAAGUGGCGUUGGUCUGGCCGGAGCCCUUGGGUGAAUUUGUUAGGCGUGGAGAGGGAGUGAUGUCUUCCAGACUCGGUGCAGUGCCCGCUACCCCGGGACCCACACCCUUUAAGCAGCAGAGGAGCACGAGGAUCGUGGGAGCUAAGAAUAGCAGGACCCAAUGCUCCAUAAAGGAUAAUAGUUUCCAGUACACUAUCCCUCACGAUGACUCCUUAAGCGGCUCAUCAUCUGCUUCUUCAUGUGAACCAGUGAGUGAUUUUCCAGCAUCUUUCCGAAAAUCUACCUACUGGAUGAAAAUGAGAAGGAUCAAGUCAGCUGCUGCUUCCCAUGUAGAAGGGUCAGGUGGAGUGUCAACCAAAGGAAAAAGGAAACCCAGGCAGGAAGAAGAUGAAGACUAUCGAGAAUUUCCUCAGAAGAAGCAUAAACUUUAUGGGAGGAAGCAGCGGCCUAAAGCUCAGCCUAAUCCCAAAGCCCAGACUCGCCGUAUUCGGAAGGAACCACCAGCUUAUGCAGCAGGCAGUUUAGAGGAGCAGUGGUACUUAGAAAUUGUGGAUAAAGGCAGUGUCUCCUGUCCUACCUGCCAGGCAGUGGGGAGAAAGACCAUAGAGGGCUUAAAGAAACACAUGGAAAACUGCAAACAGGAAAUGUUUACUUGUCAUCAUUGUGGGAAACAGCUUCGUUCACUAGCAGGGAUGAAGUAUCACGUCAUGGCAAAUCAUAAUAGCUUGCCCAUCUUAAAGGCUGGAGAUGAAAUAGAUGAGCCAAGUGAGAGGGAACGUCUCCGAACAGUUCUCAAGAGACUGGGAAAGCUGAGAUGCAUGCGUGAGAGUUGCUCUAGUAGCUUCACCAGCAUCAUGGGAUAUCUGUACCAUGUGAGAAAAUGUGGCAAAGGGGCUGCUGAGCUGGAGAAGAUGACCCUGAAAUGUCACCACUGUGGAAAACCAUAUAGAUCGAAGGCUGGACUUGCGUAUCACCUGAGGUCAGAGCAUGGUCCUAUAUCCUUCUUUCCAGAGUCAGGACAGCCAGAGUGCUUGAAGGACAUGAGCUUGGAGUCAAAGAGUGGAGGCCGAGUUCAAAGGCGUUCUGCCAAGAUAGCUGUAUACCACCUGCAGGAACUGGCCUCUGCUGAACUGGCCAAGGAAUGGCCUAAGAGAAAGGUGCUUCAGGAUCUGGUACCUGAUGAUCGGAAGUUAAAAUAUACUCGUCCUGGGCUACCGACCUUCAGCCAAGAAGUACUACACAAAUGGAAGUCAGAUAUCAAGAAGUAUCAUCGCAUUCAGUGUCCUAACCAGGGUUGUGAGGCUGUCUACAGUAGUGUAUCUGGUCUUAAAGCUCACCUGGGCUCUUGUACAUUGGGAACGUUUGUGGCUGGAAAAUACAAGUGUCUUCUCUGUCAGAAAGAAUUUGUGUCAGAGAGUGGUGUCAAGUAUCACAUCAACUCUGUCCAUGCUGAGGAUUGGUUUGUUGUCAAUCCGACAACAACCAAGAGCUUUGAGAAGCUGAUGAAGAUAAAACAGCGACAGCAAGAAGAAGAGAAGCGGAGGCAGCAGCACAGGAGCCGACGGUCUCUCAGGCGGCGGCAGCAGCCUGGCAUUGAGCUUCCUGAGACAGAGCCAAGUCUUAGAGUAGGGAAGGAUCAGAGGAGGAAUCAUGAGGAACUGCUAGUGGCGACAUCCCGUAAAGAACCAGAGCAGGAGCCAGUGCCAACACAGUUUCAGAAAGUCAGGUCCCCAAAGACAAGUCAUAAACGAGGAAAGAAAUAGGCAGUCAGUGUGAAAGCACUCCUGGGAGAGUGGAUGGGAGGCUGUGGUCACAGGGACCUGUGUGGAGUGGCCUGAGUCACGGGGGCUGAGUGAAGAGAAAUUUACUCUUUCAGCUGUUUGUGUAAUGCUGUGACACUCUCAGCUCCUUCCUCCUGUGUAAAUUUCACUGUUUUCCCUACUGAUUCUUGUGAACCCUCCACCACCCCCACCCCCAUCUCCUUUUUGGUAGAUUUUCCUGCUAUUCUCAUUGGAGUCCCCCUGUUUUUCUCUCAUCUUGCCCAAAGAGCUCCCCCUUAAGGUCCACUGUAGGCCCUCUUGCCCUGUACAAGACUAAGAAACCUGUUUGAUUAUCCUUUCCAUACUGGGGUAUAGAAUGUUCUUGGAAAUGCCAUUGAUUUCGUAGUUACUCCAUCAUCUAUCUUAUAAAAAUGAUUCCAAACUAACUUUUUAAAACCGUACUGAUUGAUGAUUUUGUAUUUGUGGUAUAACAAGCCUAGAACCUAGAACUGUUGUCAUUCCUUUAAUAAGGGUCCCCUGUCUGCUUGGGUGACAGAAUUUAUGGAGGCUGUUUGUUGUCUCAUUAUGGUUUUAGGAUUGAAAGUGAGAAAAUACUUAGAAUAAUAAAGCUAGACCCUCUGGAUGCAGGUUUUCCUGGGAAAUACUUCGUCCCAGGUGGCAGUAAGUAACUAGAUGCACAGGCAUGAUAUGCAGCCUUAGGAGGAAUAUGUCUCACAUAAAAUGACUGGAAAGAAGAAGGCAGCAGAAAUAAAUACCAACUCAAAUCAACUGCAGUUUAUUUUGCUCCUGCAGUUUUGAGGAUUGAGAAGUAAUACCCUUUUACCUCUGAUAUUUGACACAGAACCAUAAUAUUGCUGGUACUGCCAUGAAGAUUGGUAGCCAGGGUGCACAUUCCUUCUCCCCUGGACUUGACCUGAUGGUUAGUCUGCACUCUGUUAAGUCCUCGUAUCUCCCAUUAGCCAAAGUCUGUCUGAAUUUUCUGAGAAUGUUGUUCUCUACCCUUUUUUAGAUGUUGUGUUCUGUCCUCUUUAUAACCUGAGACUUUGACACCAGGUGUAGAUACUUAUCUGGAGUUGGAAAAAAAAGUUCUUUUUCUGAUACUCAUGCCUAGCCGAUAGUAUCUGUUAGGCUGUUUCUCCUUGAGGCUGGCUUUCCGUGGAGCAUUGAUUAGAGCAGCUCUGUUACUGUAUUUCUGAAUUCUCUUCCCCUUUCCAUAAAUAUUGGUCUUCUAUAUUCUUGCCAAUUUUUGUGGCUUAUGCCACAUAAAAAGCCAGAGACCCUUAACCCUGAUGUGGACCAGUACUGCCUUUUCAAAAUCUAAAAGGCUGUUAACCACUAUUAACUGUUCUCUGUGCUCCUCCAUAUAGCCUUAAAAUGUGGGCUUUUGUGAAGACCACUUUGAAACAUAGGAGCAUUGAAACCUGGUUGGGAUACUGCCAGAACAGGUAGUUUUGAAACGAAGGACAUGGUCUGUCCACUCGACAUUGUCAUUGGCAGUUGCUCUCUUAAAGCCCUUUCCAUUCAUGAGGAUUGUCAGGGAGGAAAAUGGAGAAGCUCUGUUAAUUUCUGGUGAGUAAGAUUUGGGGAAUGUUUGGCAAUGGCAAGAAAAAUAAACAACUGUGUUAGAAUGA